UAUUCCCCACCACCAUGCUAUGUGCAUCCGCUAACUCCAACACUCUACGCCCUUCCUCAUUCCGUAUACCAUAUCCCCAUCCCCCAUGUACACCUUCAUAUCCGUCUGCAUCCGCCCCCACAUGACCAUUCAAAUCACCCAACAACACCACAAACUCAUUCAACCCCGCUUGCCCGAUCUCGUCAGAAACAUCAUCAUAAAACCUAUCCUUCUCCUCUUCCUUCCUACUUU